UGCUAUCUAUGGCAAAUAUUCAUCCUAAAUAGUUUAAUAUUUUAGUUGUUUCUUCAAAGCUGAUUUAUUUUGUAGCUGAGGAUUUUUCUCAAAAAACACUAAGUUCCUCAAGAAAACAAGCAGCUUCUUAAUAUGAAAAUUCUGGUUCUUUCUGUAGUAUUGUAUGUAUUUAGUAUUAAUCAAUUAUAUUGAUUUUUACGCCUAAAUAUAAUGUUUGAAAACAUACUUUUGCUACAUGCAAAGCAUUAUAACAUGAUGUGGUUAUUUUGCAAAUGUCUCACUUUAUCUCUCUGCUCACAGAUGGACAACAUGACAUUCAGAUACAACAUACUCUUAAUGGAGGGUAUUAAAGUUACACCUCAGUCCGGCCAUAUUGUCUUUAUUCUUCUUUUGAUUGCAUAUGUAUUAAUAAUGAUAUCUAACAUUGGAAUUUUGAUUCAAAUAUCAACAGAGAAAAGUUUGCAUCAGCCCAUGCACAUUAUUUACUGCAACUUACCACUGAAUGAGAUACUUGGGACAACUGUUAUCAUUCCACGCUUGCUGAAGGAUAUUUUAUUGGAUCCCUCUGCACGCUACAUCACAUACGUGGAGUGUGUUAGUCAAGCUUUUUUGGCACAUUUGUAUGCAACAGUAGGCCAUACUGCGUUGAUAAUCAUGGCAUUUGACAGAUAUGUGGCCAUAUGCAAUCCAUUACGAUACUCAUCGAUAAUGACCAGUAAAAUGAUUGUAAGAUUAACAGCUGGAGCCUGGGGUGUUGCAUUAGUGCUGGUGGGAAUUCUGCUCAGCCUGACUAUACGUUUGUCUCACUGCAGAUAUGUGAUCCAGAAUUCCUUUUGUGAUAAUGCUUCACUAUUUAAACUGUCCUGUGAAAGUGUGGUGAUCAAUAAUGUUUAUGGAUUAACUUUUACUGUGCUUUUACACACCUCUUCAAUGGGGACUAUGUUCAUUACAUAUCUUAAAAUAGCAAUGGUAUGCAUAAAAAGCAAAAACAAAGCAAUAAACAGCAAAGCCAUUAAAACCUGCUCAACUCAUUUGGCUGUUUAUCUAAUAAUGAUGAUUUCUGGAUAUGUCACAAUAUUUCUCCAUCGUUUCCCUGAAUACACAGACAGUAGGAAGACUUCCAGCAUAACCUCUCUUAUAUCUCCAUGCUUGAAUCCCAUAAUAUAUGGUUUCCAAAUUAAGGAAAUAAGACAGAUGAUUUUAAAACUUUUUAAAAGAAAAAAAAUAAUUCAAAUUCAAUGUAAUUAA